AGAUGGCAAUAGUGUUUGUAAAAAAAAAUAUCUCAUUAUCAAGGUUAACAACCAAAAUAGUUACUUGACAAAAUUUUAUUGGAAUUGUCUGUUGUAAACUUAGGGAAAUAUUCUUAACAAUAUGUCAAACGUUGUAGAUACUUUAAUGGAAAUGGGUUUCAGUAAACAACGAGUAGAACAAGCUGUAAAAGCAACUGGUUGUAAUGAUGUACAAAAUGUUAUGGAAUGGUUACUGGCUAAUGAGGAAGAAGUAACAGGAUCUGAAGGACCUGUUAAAGAGGAACAAGUUAACCCGGAGGCUGCUGGUGAGAAUAGUGCGAGUCCCCAAACCCAACCAGAAUCGGGGAAUAUAGAAGAAACUCCGGCUGUAGCAAAAUCAAUUAAAUGCGAUGAUUGUGGAAAAUUAUUUGAUACUAAUGAAGCUGUAGAAUUUCAUGCUACAAAAACAGGUCAUCAGAGCUUUUCUGAAUCAACAGAGGAAAAAAGACCUUUAACGGAUGAAGAGAAAAGAGAACAAUUAGCCAAAAUAGAGGCUAAAUUGAAGGCUCGCCGGUUAGAAAGGGAAGCAAAAGAGAAAGAAGAAGCAUUGCUCAGGGAAAAAAAUAGGAUCAAAUCCGGGAAAGAAUUACUGGAAGCUAAAAAGAAGCACGAAGAACUUGAAAUGAAAAAAAUAAUUGAUCAAAGAAAAAAAGAAAAAGAAGAAGAAAGGCUAGCUAGGCAAAGAAUUAAAGAACAAAUUGAACAGGAUAAAUUAGCUCGUAAAGCAAAAUUCGGUAAUCAAUCUGAAGCGCCAGCGCCUGCUCCAACACCGGCAGCUGCUCCAGUUGCUAUUAGACCACAAACAAGUUAUUCUGAAGUGAAAUUACAGAUCCGGUUGCCUGAUGGUUCAUCAGUUACUCAAAGUUUCGGUGCUAAAGAACCAUUAUCGGCUGUUCGUCUCUUUAUAGAAAUGAAAAGAAACAAUACUCAAGAACCUUUCAAUCUUAUGACAAAUUUUCCAAAAAAAGUGUUUCAAUCUGAUGAUUACGACAAACCUUUGGAAUCGCUGGACUUGGCUCCAACCGCUGUUUUAAUAGUUAAGAAAAUUUGAAACUAGUCGUUGUUUAACUGAAUUUUUAACUCAAUUUAUUACAUAAAAAAAUUUUUUUAUAUAACAUUAUUCGCUAAUUAUACAGACGAAAAAUAAAACGCUACAAUUCUAAGUUUA